AUGCGAAAGCAUAUUCCUCACGAGCGUUUUAAUGACCGUGUGAACUUUUUCUAUGAGGGAAAACAUAUUCCUGAGUGGGGCAGUGAAAAUAAAGAUGAUGCAUGGGGCAAAGAAAAUAGCGAUAAUGCGGAUACUGCAUGUGCUGUUGCAAUUGAUAAAAAAGGCAACUUGGCGUGUGCCACAUCAACAAGAGGUAUCGCAGGGAAACGUAAAGGUCGUGUUAGUGGUGCCGCAUUAGUUGGUUGUGGAGGAUAUGCAAAUGAUAAAGGAGCAGCUGCAACAACUGGUCAUGGAGAGAAGUUGAUAAAAUUAACUCUAGCACGUCAAGUUGUCAUUGAAAUGGAAAAUGGAAGAAAUGCCCAGGAAGCAACGGAAGAAGCUGUAAAAUUACUUACAGAAAAACUGAAGGGACAUGGAGGAGCUAUUGCGAUUGACAAAAACGGAAAUUUUGGAAAGGCAUUUUCUACUCCCCUAAUGGCUUGGGCUAGCGUCAAAGAUGAUCAGUUGAAGGAUGGAUUCGAGAAAGAUGAAGAAGGAAAUGCAAAAUUACUGUAUAACGAAAGAUUUUGAAUUAAUUAAAAAAUUACCAUUACUUUAUGAUUCAGGAACGUAUUUUCUUGAUAUAUAUAUUCAUAUUCAUGUACACAUAAAUAAUUAUCCUCUGCACCAGUCGGCCAUAUUAUGUUUUUUCCACUGUUAAAAUUUAACAUUUGAAACUAACAAUACAAUAAAAUAUAAUCACAUAGUGUUAAGGGUGCUUACUGAAAACUAUAAAU